CCCAGCUCAUGAUUAUAUUUUGGACCUGUCUCCAACAUCUAAAAUUCGUAACAUAUUUAAUGAAAAAGAAUGGACUGAUCUUGUAGCAGAUAGGAGUAGUAUUAUGAAAAAGACUUUUCAUCAUGAAAUUAACUCACUCAUAGAACAUUUAUUUAGAGAAAAGGUGAAGGAUAUUUUGGUUAUGGAAAUUGCACCUGAGUAUAAUGAAGAUUUAGAAGCUUUUGAGUUGCCAAUUAAUCCUCUGCUACAAUGCGACUGCCAUGAAAGAGAAUUCCUUGGUGAUUAUAUUGUACCUUUGAUCCAAUGGGUUCUGAGAUUAGAUGGAAGGUGUAGGGAGGUGAAGUAUCUGUUCUUGCAACACAACAUAGAAGAAAUCAAGAUAAAAGAUAUAUUAGUUCAACAUGUGGAAAGAGCCCAUCAAGCUGAUAUUAAUAUACUUUGCUUAUAUCAAAAAAAUGAAAUUUUUUGUGCAUUAGCAGCUGGAGGUCCACACAAUUCUGAUCUUACUAAAAUUGCCUCUGAUAAUUUUCAUUUCCCAAGGAUGUUGAAGGAUAUCUUAGAUGAUUUGCAAUUGAAGUCUACAAUCAAAAACAAUGGCUCAAAUUUAUAUGUUAUUGGAAUUAAGAUUCAAAUGACAACAAUAUCCCUUUACUUGAUGGAAAAACAAGAAGUUUAUCAACUCCAUUUGCUAAAAUCAUUUGAUCUUCUGCUUACAUAUUUAGCAUAUUAUAAUUUGAGAAUUGCUUUAAUAACUGCUUGGUGA